UUCAGGUUAUGGUGCCCUUUGGUUCACUAGCAUUCAUGCCAGGGCGACUUGUGCACACAAAUGAGAUCUUGGUGCUGCUAGGAGACAACUGGUUUGCUGAGAGAAGUGCUAAACAAGCCAUUGAAAUUGUAAAGAGAAGGUUAAAAGAUUGUGAUGAAAAAAUCAAAACAGCUGAAACUACAGAGAAGAUUCAUUUGAAUUGGUUGAAGGAGACUGCAGAAGUGCUUAAGGGGGACAUGGGUGAGCAGGUAGACAUUGUUGAAAAAGUGACAGAGGAAGAAUAUCAGAAGAGUCGAGAGGAACAUAAAAAGAGUGUAGCCCGGGAAUAUGGUACUGUUAGAGAAAAAGUGUCUUCUGAGACAGAAUCUGUGGCAUCAAAGUCAGAAGGCCCACUCUAUGAGAGGCUCAGCGAGGAAGACAAACGUACUUAUGAAGAUAUUAUGAAGAGGCUGGAUGAACUUGAGCUGGAGGAAGAGAAUGAUGCAUCUAGUGAAGAAGAAGAAGAUGAAGAAGAUAAUGAAGAUAACAAUUGGAAUGAAGAAUAUGAAGAAGAAGAAGAGGAAGAGGUUCCCAUGCUUGAUAGGGGAGUGAGAGAAGAGCCAAAGCUGAUUGAAGCUGCUGCCCUAGAGGUCAAAGCGAAACCCAGCACCGCAGUUGCUGUCAUACCAAAGAAGAGGGAGAAGCUCAAGAGGCGUGUGUCCUGGGCUGACGACAUCAAGCCCCUGGAGACCAUCAUCCCUGACAACACCAGCGACGACAUCUUCCGCAUCAAGUACUCGUCAGCAUGUGAGCUCUCGCCUGCUGAUGAGGGUGGAGAAGGUGCAGGUGGAGCGACAGCUAUGAUGACAGAGGGCCAGGCUGGCAGAUCCCUAAUGGUCAGGAGCCCCUCGGAUAUUUACAAGGUGUUUGGAGGCGCCAGUGCUAGUCAUGAACCUCAUCCUCGAGGAAUACUGAAGAAGUCCUCAUCUUUGCCUCUGCAAGGUGAAAGUGAAUCCACCAAUAACAAAGGCGGUUGGCGUUACGCCCCAGAGUCAGUUGAAAUAGUGACUGAAGAUAUGGAUGAUUUGCCUCUCCCUAAGCCCCUGAGACCAUCUCCUCCUCUGAAGAGAAAGUCACUGCAACCGGCCUUCUCAUAUAAGGUUGUGGAACGGAAUGUAGGAGAAAAGGAGGAGAGUAGCGACACACAAACGGGUGCCACCGCUCAGCCAGAAUCUGGUGACGGGACACAGACCAAGAAGAUAUCGAAGUUCAAGGCUUCCAGAAUGAAAAAGUAAUGUGACAGGACGAUAAAAAUGAUUAUUAUUUUUUUUUUUCCUAUAUUCAGUUGGUUGAUGGACUGGAGUAAGAGAACUGGAUGGGUGGCAAAAUUACAAAAUAGUUUGGUGGAAUGUUUCAAAAAAGAAUUUUUUGUGAACUUGAAUGUAUUUAUUUUCAAGGAGUAGAGUUGUGACCCCUGUACAUGUAUAGUAUUAUUAAAAGAGUGUAAAUGAAUAUGAUAAAUGUGUACAAUUAGACAUAUCAAUUUUUGACAAGAUAAUUUCCAGCUGCAUGUAAACAAUGACUGUAGUCUUCACAUAGUAUUGGUCUUGUCCACAUAAUCUCUGCCAUAGACAUUUUCUUGGGUGAAUUGUUUGCCAAAUUAUACAAAACAUUCUUGUGGGAUCAAGAAUAAAGAGGAGGAUAACCCUCUUGCAUUCUUGCUUUGAAAGGCAUAUCAGUUAGUGUUAAUCAUGCUUGCCAUUAUCCUAUUUAUAUUCACCAAAGCAUAUCUUGUAUUUUUAUACCACUAGAGCAUUUAGAAGGAAACUUAGGGAGAGCCGAUAGAGCAACUUUCAAACAGAGAGCUCUUAGCAACAAUACAAAACUAUGAUUUAAAACUACCUUGUCAUACUAGACCUCUAAUUGUCCUAUAUGCUCAUAACUGGUGUCUUAAUUGUCCCUUGAGUGUAGCUCUUUAGCAUAUAUGUAAAACUGAGUGUUUGUAUUGCAAGGCCCAGAGAUGCAGAUAUCAAACACUUUCAUUAUUCCAAUGAUAUAGUCUGUGAGGUUGAUUGUUAAUUAUCAGCAGAUUUUAUGAAAGCUUCAAUUGUGGAAUUUUUAGAAUAUCCGGUGAUGGUAAACUGAGCCUUGAAAUAAUAAUGUAAGUAUAGUUGCCAUGUGUUAAUGUUAAAGUUUUAUUGUAUAUAGUUCACUGAUGAACUAGUUACAUGCAUUUAAGCACUAAAAAAUGCAUAGCCUGUUAUAAGAAUUUAUGUAGAAUGGCUAUAGAAUGAUUUAAAAUUGUGUAUAACUAAACUAUAGGUCUUAUCAAUAACAUUGAUAUUUGUUCUUUUAAGUCAAGUUCUUGUGAGCACUGAGCAUAAAACAAAUUAUACCAUGGAUAUGUGUGUCUAUAUACAUGAGUUUAAAGGAUGGAGACUGAUGUAUACUUGUUUGUAAGAAGAAAUGUAGAAUGUAAGCCUUGAUACUAUGGAAGGACAUAUAAGUCAAUGAGACCAAGUCUAAAAUACAGUAUUGUACUUAAAUCUGAACACUACUUUAAGAUGAAAUAUAAAUAGAUAUAGCUUUACCUUCACCAAACUUUUAGAAAAUGCACAACUACAACUGAGUUAAGCUGAAGGUUGUAAAUCCGUUUUAAUUCAUCUUCUGGUUUUAUUCAGUUCCAUGACAAUUUUUACUUUUAAUUUUUUUUGAAGUUCCUUGCUGUUUUCACCAUCCAAAGAUUAUAUCUUCAGUCCUCUAACACCAUAAACAUCCCUUGGUUUCAGGAAUAGAAUCUUGUUUGGUCUGCUGUGAUAUUAAAUUCUGACAAUAGUCCUGCAACUUGCAAUGCUAAAGAGGGAAUGCUUGCACUCCUUGAUUUCGCUUUUCGUGAUGGUGCUUCGAUAUUCAUUACAUUGCUGAAUAUUUAUCGUCUCGGUCUUUUACUUUCGCCUUUUCUCUUAAGUUGGAGGUCUGGCUUUGGCAGUUUUAGACCAGCAAUAAAUACGAAUUGUGUCCAAAGUAUGACUAAAUGAUUAUACAUUUAUUUUUGUAAGCAUUACGUGAUCAUGUUUUAUAGUUAAUGUUCUCAAUAUUUUACUGUGAUAAUGUUACAAAGUUAAAUGAGCAUCUUUGCCAUGUUGCAUAAGAUGUCAUCUUCCAAGUCUUCAGCCUGUGAAGAGUUAAUUUAUACAAAUGCUAAUAAACCCAUUAAUGACC